AUGGCCGACUUCUUCAACCUCAAAGCCCGGCAACAGGCCGCUGCCGUGGCCGGUUCCUCAAAAGCACCCGGUACCAAGCAACAAGCGGACCGGCUGCAACCAUGGGUCGAGAAAUACCGCCCAAAGACUCUCUCCGAAGUCACAGCACAGGACAACACGAUCCAAAUCCUCUCGCGCACUCUCCAAUCCUCCAAUCUCCCGCACAUGCUCUUCUACGGGCCGCCAGGCACCGGCAAAACAUCGACGAUUCUCGCUCUCGCAAAACAGCUCUACGGGCCCGAACUCAUCAAGUCACGCGUCCUCGAACUCAACGCCUCCGACGAGCGCGGCAUCAGCAUCGUGCGCCAGAAAGUCAAGGACUUUGCGCGCCAGCAGCUCAGCUCGGCGCCCACACACAACGUCAUGACGGAGGACAAGGACAGCGCCGAGGGCACCAAGAUGGUACGCUACAGAGACAAGCACCCGUGUCCGCCAUUCAAGAUCAUUGUCCUGGACGAGGCGGACAGCAUGACGCAGGACGCGCAGUCGGCCCUCCGACGAACCAUGGAGACAUACAGCAAGAUGACGAGAUUCUGCCUCGUGUGCAACUACGUCACGCGCAUCAUCGACCCGCUGGCGUCGCGAUGCAGCAAGUUCCGCUUCAAGAGCCUCGACCAGGGCAACGCCGUGAAGCGCGUCGACGACAUUGCCCGGCUCGAGGGCGUGGCGCUCGACACGGGCGUCAGCGAAGAGCUGGUCCGCGUUGCAGACGGCGAUCUGCGCAAGGCAAUCACCUUCCUGCAGUCGGCUGCGCGCUUGGUAGGCGCCAUGCAGACGCCCAGGGGCACGACGGGCCGCAAGCGUAAACGCAUCGUGGAUGCCGACGGCGACGACAUGGACUUCGACUCCGACACCACCCUCGUCGACAUCCCGGACAACGCCAACACCAACACCAACACCGUCUCCCUGCAAGCCAUCGCCGAGAUCGCAGGCGUCAUUCCUGCCGCCACGCUGACCACCUUCUCGGACUCGCUGUUCCCCACUUCCUCGGCCCGCAGUAUACGGUACAACGAGAUCGCCAGGGUGGUGCAGAACAUGAUUGCCGAGGGCUGGAGCGCAACGCAGACAGUCAGCCAGCUGUACGAGCACGUCAUGUUCGACGAGCGGGUCGAGGAUAUCAAGAAAGUGAGAUUGGCCGCCGUCUUCAGCGAGACGGACAAGAGGCUUGUGGACGGCGGAGACGAGCAUUUGGCUGUGCUGGAUCUGGGCGUCAGGGUCGCGGGUGUCUUGUGUGGAGCUUGA